GUGACGCAGCAACGUUUAAGAGUAAAUUCAUUCUGAGAGAAUUAAAGAACUGAAGAGCAACAAAAGAGCUGCAGUCCUGUAAGAGAAACUUCCAACAAGCAUUUAUUUGUAAUCCAUCAGGCCCUUAAGGAAGUUUUCCCCUAACAUUGAGCGCCAACAUGUCGGCUACCAACUGCCUACUGACAGAGGAGCAGCUCCUGUGUAGCAUCUGUCUGGAUGUGUUCACUGAUCCAGUCACAUUACCAUGUGGACACAACUUUUGCAAAAACUGCAUCAUGCAGCACUGGGACAGUAACACCCUGUGUCAGUGCCCUUCAUGCCAGGAACCUUUCUAUAAGAGGCUCGAUCUGAGAGUCAAUAUUUUUAUAUCUGAGAUGGCUGCUCAGUUCAAACAGGCGGCUGGAAGGAGCAGCUCCGGCCAACAAGCAGCCAAAUCAGGAGAAGUUCCCUGUGACAUCUGCACUGAAACUAAAAUGAAAGCUCUGAGGUCCUGCCUGGUGUGUCUGGCCUCCUACUGUGAGGCUCACCUGAAGCCUCACCUGACAGCAUCACGCCUGAAAAGACAUCAGCUGAUUGACCCCGUGGAGAACCUGGAGGGUCGCAUGUGUAUGAUACACGAUAAACCUCUGGAGCUUUUUUGCAAGACCGACCAGACCUGUGUGUGCAUGCUCUGCCCGGUUUUAGACCACAAGUCGCAUGAAGUCGUCCCACUGAAAGAACAAGUCGAGAGGAAGAAGGCCGAGCUGGGGAAGACAGAGGCUGAAAUUCACAGGAUGAUCCAGGAGAGACGACUGAAGAUUCAAGACAUCAAACACUCAGCAAAGCUCAGCAAGGAGGCUGCAGACAGAGAGAUGGCGGAUGGUGUUCAGGUCUUCUCCGCUCUGAUUCAGUCUUUGGAGCGAGUCCAGGAAGAGCUCAUCGGGAUGAUUGACGAGAAGCAGAAAGCGACAGAGAAACAGGACAAAAGUUUCAUCCAAGAGCUGGAGCAGGAGAUCUCUGAGCUGAUGAGGAGGCGAGCCGAAGUGGAUCGGCUUUCUCGGUCUAAAGACCACCUCCACUUCCUCCAGACUUUCUCGUCCCUGGAUGUUUCUCUGUCCACCAAAGACUGGACGGAGGUCAGCAUCGAUCCUCCAUCAUAUGAGGGGACUGUGAGGACAGCUGUGGAUCAGCUGGAGGAGACGUUCGGCAAAGAGAUGAAGAGGCUGCUCCAUGAGGCUGAGCUAAACCGGGUCCAGCAGUUUGCAGUGGAGGUGACUCUGGAUCCUGACACAGCUCACCCUGCUCUCAUCCUGUCUGAUGACAGAAAACAAGUAUGUCACGGUAACACAAAGAAGAAUCUCCCAGACAACCCUGAGAGAUUUAAUCCCAGUUGUUGUGUUUUGGCAAAACAGAGUUUCUCUUCUGGAAAAUUUUACUUUGAGGCUGAGGUUAAGGGGAAGACUAGGUGGUCUUUAGGAGUGGCCAAAAAGUCGAUCAAAAGGAAGGGAAUAAUCCCACUGUGCCCGGAAAAUGGCCACUGGACUAUGUGGUUGAAAAAUGGAGACGAUUACGCAGCUCUUGUUGGUUCUCCUCUACAUCUCUCUCUAAAUUCAAAACCUGAGAAGGUGGGAGUGUUUGUGGAUUAUGAGGAAGGUCUGGUCUGCUUUUAUGACGUAGAUGCUGCAGCUCUUCUUUACUCUUUCACUGGCUGCUCCUUCACAGAGGAAAUCUACCCAUUCUUCAGUCCUGGGCUCAAUGAAGGCAUAAAUUCUGCCCCUCUGAUCAUUUCUCCUGUCAUCCACACUAAUUUUUUAAAAAGAUAAUUGAUUUUCACAGUUGCAGUGACCAUGAAUAUUAUUUGCUUCAAGAUUUUCUUAAAAUUCUGAGAUCAGAUUCAAACCUGUAUUGUUUAUUUUCAGACUUUGGCUCAUUUUCCCCUUUAGUAUAAUUUUCCUGAGCAGAUGCGAACACCGCAAUCAUAAGCAGGUGCAGAUCAAAACAAACUGAAAAUAGUCUUGGACGGGGCACAAACUGUGGAGCACUUGAUUUGUGGUAGCAACAUGAUCCGACCUCUGACGUGAAUACACAACAUGAAUCAAGGUCCAUUUUCAUUCUUGCUGCCAACCCAAAAAGGUGUUUUUUACCUGACCUGUAGUGAUGCACUUUGACUUGCUUCAGUUUUAUUUGUGUUUAAACAUAAACCAAGCCAAGGAGAAAAUGCAACAGGUUCACCAACUCAUUCUCUGACUCAGAGCAGAGAAAACAAACUCAUGGUUUGAAAACGCCCAAUGACACAUUUUGACAGAUAAUUUGACUUGUCAUAGCAGGAAAAGCACAUACAGAUCCAUUAACAUCAGUGAUGGCUUAACAUUACAAAGGUGCACAUACUCUGAACAUUGGAUGGAAGACAUUUUGACAUGUAAUGGUUGGACGAGCUAUCUGUGAUUGGCUGCGUCCAUUGCUUACCUUACACUUUUUUGUUUGACAUAUCCUGUGCAAUAAGCUGUAAACUGACUGCACUCUUUUUUUCUGGUCUUGGCUGGUACUGCUACAUUGCUUACUGUAUUGUCACUGGUGUUUAUGGCUGCGUGUUUGUUCAAGCAUGAAGUAAUUUGCAGAUUGAUUCCCUCUGCUGCUGCUGGCAUCCUGAGCUCUAUUGUUUGGCUGUUCGUCAUAUUGUCACACAUUAAGAUCCUUGCUGCUGCUGCUGCAGUCUGUGUCAGCCACAACACAGAAAUCUGUCAAGAAUAAAUUUGAUUGCAGGACAAGGUAAAAGCAUGGAUAACUUUGUCCUGGUCCGUGGAGGAUUAAAAUGACUUUUGGGGAAGGAAGCAGGAUCUUAAUUUGAGAACAUAACAGAGAAUGGAGUCAAAUAACAUUCACUGGUUUCAAGCUGCAAAAUGUCUUCCUUAUCACUGCACCAAUUCCAAAAAUGUUUGUCCCUAUCAAUAAUUUACACCCAAAAAUAAGAGAAAAUAAGGCCCAGGUUGAAAAAUUCCUGAGUUAUCUGUUAAGUAUAUUACAUUUGGAAAAUGAAAAGACUGAGGCAGGCAUACCAGAGGAGGUACUCAAAACAUGAACUCAUCCGUCAAGGAAAAGGGCUGAGAAUUGAAUCUUUGUCAUCUGCACAGCUUGUGUUUUCACUCAUUGCUUUUUUCACAGGUUUUAAAAGAGCAGGCUGUCAGUAACUCAAACCAUAUGCUGUGUUUGAUUAGCCGCCAUAAAUAAACCUGCAGCAACUGAACAGUGUUGACCCAGCAGUGGGACUUGAAAAAGAUAUAAGCUAACAUGAUUCCUAUGCUGAGAUGCAUCAGAUCACUGGUAGAGCUGUGUGACAACAGAAAGACCAAAUUAUGACAUCUGUCUGUGUUUACAAUAUUUAAACUGAAAUCGGGUUGUGAAAGAAACUCAGUCUUAUUUAUGUGAUUUUAACUAUCUACCCUCUUCCAUUCACACUGGUAUCUACUGUGUAGAUAAAUGUCUAAAUCUGGAUCGUAAAGAUAAAGAGUGAACUGUUCCACAGGCCGUGGAGUCAUGUGAGUCUUACUGUGUUGUUUAGUCUGACUGUUCUCUGGUGCCAUCUAAUGGCUGCUGCUGGUUUGUUGUGUCAUAGUUACACUGUAUGGCCAAAGGUAUAUGGACUUCUGCUGCUGUAACAUUUUUUUCAGAAACUGGAUAACAAUUAUCUGAACCAAGGCAUUAAAAGUUAUCCACACACAAGUGUCUUGCUCCCAGUUAGUGCCCUCUAUAUAUGUGUGUGCGUGUAUAUAUAUAUAUAUACACCACACACACACACACACACACACAUAUAUAUAAGGUUAUAAUAUGUCCUCUGGGCAGCAAUACUCAUGAGUGCAGUGUGGAAGCUAGAGUGAUUUGCUAUCAGAAAGUAACAAGAUGGCUAGCUGGUUAGCAUGCUAACUUCAGUAGAAGAAAAGACUUUAAAGAAGUUGUAGCAAAAAUAUUGGCAUUGUUUUCCACUGCUGGAGACGGCUGUUGGUGGGUAAAGGAAUGAAGUUUGAUAGUGAAUUCACAAUGUUUCUUCUGGACUGAUAAGUUAACAGCUGUUUAUUAUUAGCUAUUUAAAGGACCAGUCUAGGGAAAAAAAAGUCAUCAAACUUUCUCUACUCACUAAGAGCUCUCUCCAACAGUGGAAUGCAACAGCAGUGUUAUGUUUCUAUUUCUGUCACAUCUUUUCUUCCACUGAAGUUGGCAUGCUAACCAGCUAGUUCUGGUUUGUCAUAUGGGCAUAUUAUAACUUCUCCUUCAAAUGUGCUUUUGAAAUAUAUGUCCUCUGAAUGUUAUCUCAAUGUUUUUGUUUGUCUGGUCUUGAUUUCUUCUGUAACUCAGAGACAUACACCCAUGAAUAGAGCACAACCAAAUGUGGUUAAAUGUUGUCAUGUCCACAUUUUUGGUCUUUUGUGUGGUGAUUUACUACCAUUAAGACACAAGAGUCUUAGUGAGGUCAAACACUGAUGUUGGUAGAUAAGGUCUGGCUUAGUUUGGAUGGGGUUGAGACCCUCUGUGUGGGUCAAGUUCUUCCACACCAAAUAUGGAAAAUCAUGUUGAAUCAGGACCACACAAACACAAAGCAGGAAGGACUCUAUUUUCUAAAAAUCACAGUGUGCCUGUUACAAACAGAUCUUAAUAUUGUUUACAUGAUUUCUCCUGUUGAAAGUUUGAUGGGUAUCAACUCUUUAUGAUUUCAAAACCUGUCACUGCCUCCUUGGUCUCCUCAGUGUUUCCCACCUUCAGCCACCAUCACCCACCCUCCACACACCUGUUCCCAAUCAUCUAAUCAACUCCCAGACAUAAAUACCAGCCUCUUUCCCUUUGCUUGCUCACAACUGAUUCAAAAGACUUUAAGAGUAGGUGCACACAGGUGCUUCAACCUGGGAGCUCUUCAUGCUGAGCAGUCUGAAAAGUCUGGCAAGAAUACAGGGACAUCAGUGACUGUGACAGCCUGCAUGGAGUUUGCCAAACAGCAUUUAAAAGACUCUGACAGCGUGAGGAGAAAGGAGGAGACAAAAAUUGAACCUUUUGGGCAGAACUCCAAACAUUAUGUCUGGCAGGUGCUGAUGGGUAAAAAAUUUAUCCAUUUAAAAUAAAAUCUACAGCACAGAAGAAUCUACAGAAAGUGAAGGGCUCUGAAUACUUUCUGAAGCCACUGUAGAUGUGGGAGGAAUGCAGGGGAGGAACCAGAGGCAGGAAACAGAGGGAGGAAACAGUGGGAGCUACUAUCAGCAUGAAAGGAAGGAAACACAAUAUUAUAUGAUGCAAGAGAAGCCACUGCAGAAAGUAUGUGGUCUUUUUUUAAUUAAAAGAAACAGGCUUAA